AUGCCACGGGAAUUGUCCUCGGACGUGCUCGUGAACAUCGUCCUGCGGCUCCCUCCGAGCACCCGGCGGCUGACCCGCCUGGUCUGCCGGCACUGGCGCGACGUCGUGGACACGCGCACGGCCAAGAUGCAGAGCUGCGCCAAGCUUCUCGUCGGCACCGGCGAGGGCUCCGCGUACAUCGUGGACGAUCCAUCAACAUCAACAGGGAGCCCCGGAAGAUAUCUUUGGAAAAACAACGACGCCAACGCCCGCCCUGGCCCCCGCGAAGGCACGAUGCCGAUGGUGGUCGGCACCUGCAACGGCCUGAUCUGCCUCCGCGACAAGCGGAUGUCCGACACCGCCAUCACUCUGGUCAACCCGGUCACCGGCGAGAGGCUGUCCCUCCCGCCGCUGCCGUCCGCCCCGGAAAGGACCUGCCUCGUAGGCUGGCACGAGGCGUACGGCUUCGGGUACCACCCCACGGCCGGGCGGUACAAGAUCGUGCAUGUGGACGCAUACGCUAAGAGAGGAAGCUUGCAGCAGUUGAAGGUGUUCACGUUGGGGGAGUCGUCAUGGCGGGACGUUGCCACGGGCUCUCUCCCGAGAUGCAAUUACAGCGCCGGCAUCGUGGGCGUCGACGGCACCAUGUACUGGGCCGCCAAGAAGGGGAAGAAGCUCAUGGCGUUCGACCUCGGCCACGAGCGCCUCAGCUUCAUCAAGUCGCCACCGGAUGCGCCGUCUGACGGCUGGCAUCUGACGGAGGUGCGGGCGAGGUUGGCGAUCCUCUAUUCUCUCUCGCCGGCUGAAAAGUCCGAGGUGUGGGUUCUAGAGGACGCGUUGACAAUGAAAGAGCACACAUGGAGCCGGUUGUACAUAGUGGAGUCGGACAUACCGCCACACUCAUUGCCGAUGUCCUGUCAUCUCAUUAGGGAUGUCGUGAGUAAACACAAGUUGAGCAACGAUAACGGUGUGGAAGAGAUCCAUGAGAAAAGUUGGGGAAGGAUAAUCCUCAAUAGGCACACAUUCGCCUACGUGGAGACAACAGAGCCGCUAUGUGUUUAUAGGUGUUGGUCUCUUUUUUUCGAUUACACAUAG